AGGCGUCAGUAUCAAUUAGUAGGUUGGGAAACUCAGCCUUGCCAACCAUGCCCUCGCAGCCCCUCCGAGAAGCAUUUCCAGGAGGCUGGGGACAGGAUUCAUGGUCAAGCCAGGGGGCAUUUGCCCCGUUGAAGGCCCCUGCUCAGCAGCCUGUUGCAUCAUAGACAUUUGCAGAAUGCCUUAUUUUAUGAGACUCGUUUUGUUCUCGUUUUGCCUGAUGGCUCUUGUGGAGAGCAGAAAAUCCAGGAGGAAGCGAUGGACAGGGCAGCUGGAAAUGCCCAAGCAAAGUCACUUGUAUAAAAAGAACCUUGAUGUGACCAAAAUCCGGCCAGGAAAACCUCGGCCUCUGCUCAGAGUAGACGACCAUGACUUCACCAUGAGGCCAGCCUUUGGAGGCCCUGCCAUCCCUGUGGGCGUGGACGUGCAGGUGGAGAGCCUGGACAGCAUCUCCGAGGUGGACAUGGACUUCACCAUGACCCUGUACCUGAGGCAUUACUGGAGGGACGAGAGGCUGGCCUUCCCCAGCACCAGCAACAAGAGCAUGACUUUCGAUGGCAGGCUGGUGAAGAAGAUCUGGGUUCCCGAUGUCUUCUUCGUUCACUCCAAACGGUCAUUUACUCACGACACCACCACAGACAACAUCAUGCUGAGAGUGUUCCCAGACGGCCACGUGCUGUACAGCAUGAGGAUUACCGUCACCGCCAUGUGCAACAUGGACUUCAGCCACUUCCCCCUGGACUCCCAGACCUGCUCCUUGGAGCUGGAGAGCUAUGCAUACACAGAUGAAGAUCUGAUGCUGUACUGGAAGAAUGGGGACGAGUCCCUGAAAACGGACGACAAGAUCUCCCUGUCCCAGUUUCUGAUUCAGAAAUUUCAUACGACGUCCAGACUGGCCUUCUACAGCAGCACAGGCUGGUACAACCGUCUGUACAUCAACUUCACUUUACACCGUCACAUCUUCUUCUUCUUGCUCCAAACCUAUUUCCCUGCUACCCUCAUGGUCAUGCUGUCCUGGGUGUCCUUCUGGAUCGACCACAGAGCUGUGCCUGCCAGAGUUUCACUGGGAAUCAUGACGGUGCUGACCAUGUCCACCAUCAUCACGGGCGUGAACGCCUCCAUGCCCCGAGUGUCCUACAUCCGGGCGGUGGACAUCUACCUCUGGGUCAGCUUCGUGUUCGUGUUCCUCUCGGUGCUGGAGUACGCGGCUGUCAACUACCUGACCACGUUGCAGGAGCAGAAGGAACAGAAGUUCCGAGAGAAGUUUCCAUGCAUGUGUGGAAUGCUUCACUCAAGAACCAUGAUGCUAGAUGGAAGCUACAGUGAAUCUGAGGCCAACAGCCUGGCUGGCUACCCGAGAAGCCAUAUUCUGCCAGAAGAAGAAAGGCAAGACAAAAUAGUGGUCCAUUUGGCCCUCAACAGUGAAUUGACAUCCUCCAGAAAGAGAGGCCUUCUCAAAGGCCAAAUGGGGCUCUACAUCUUCCAGAACACCCACGCCAUUGACAAAUACUCCAGGUUGAUAUUUCCGGCCUUCUAUAUAUUUUUCAACCUAAUUUAUUGGUCAGUGUUUUCCUAGGGAUUCCAAGGCUGUGUCUAAGAAAGGGCAUGGACAGCCCUUGGUGGACACAUGGACCUGACGACCACACUUCCUACACCAGCUGGCUUGGAGGAGCCCAGGGACCUCCAGCUGCCCUCACCCCAUCUUUGUGGGUCUUUUCCUAGUUCAUGCUGUGUUCCACAUCACCCUACCCACCUCUCUCAACAGAGCUGUCUUUUGCUGUAUAUGAACUUGCUCACAAGAACUCCCCCCACACCUACUUAAUGAAAGACUCAAAUGCCUCCCAGAUAUUCUGAGAUGCUCAGUAUGGGAAGAAAGAAAAGGAAGGACAAACCAAGGGGCAUUCUGGGUAAGAAACUGGGUGCAAAAAUCGGUGAACUUAUCCAGUUGGAUUAAGUGCCUACACUGGAAGAAAAAACUCUCAGAACGGGACAGGAAAUGAUUGGGCCUCAACAAAACUGGCAACUGACAUGAUUUUAUAAAUGCUAGAGGAAAUGUUCAUUUCCCUAUUCAUUUAAUCAUUCAUUAAACACUGAGCCCCCA